AUGGCCAAUCAACCAACCCCCCCUCAGCCAGCGCCCGGUCGUUACGAUAAUUACGCGCCUCAGCACAAUCCCACUCAGAGCCAGCAGGCACCCCGGCGAAUGCCCAGCUUCAACGCCGGCGACGACUCUCAGAUGUUCAAUGCCGCUUGGACCCACAUUGCAAGAGCGACCGAUAGCAACGCGCAGUACUCGGUGAAUAGUGGGCAUGUGGCCGGUGGUGCACAAGGAGGCUAUAACCCGGCAUACGGGGGUUAUGAAGAUACUGCGAACAUGGGAUAUUCACAAACGUCGCCUGAUCUGUCGUCAAGGAUGUCACCAACCCGCUCGUCGUCGCAGUCUGCGGCUAUGUCGGGUUAUCAGUAUCAAUACCAGUCUGCGACCCAGCCUGCCUAUAAUCCACAACAAUAUGCCCUUCCACAAUCCCAGACACAGCCCAACCUGAGCUAUAUUCCCUCAUCAUACACAACUUCUAACAACAACACCACCUACACAAAUUCAGUCCCCGGGCAUCAACCAUACAACCCCGCUGCCUACCAGCCUACUAAUGUGACCAACUUAGCCUCUCCAACAAUCCUACGACGACCAAGUGAAGCUUCACCAUAUGGACAUGCUCCUCCGACCCCUCAAUCAUAUGGCUUCCCUCCUCAGCAGCCACCACCUCCUCCGCCGCGUGCAUCUGACCAUCCUUAUGGGGCCCGCUCUCCAUACGGAUCUUCUCCUGGCACAUCAAGCUAUCAAUCUACAACAACCACAUCACCUAUCUACCAAACUGUUGGUUCGCCCAUAGCAACCUCAUAUGCAACCUCGAACUCACCUGCGACCACUUAUCAGCCUCAAUCAGCGACUCAAGCCUACUUCCCUGCGUCUCACGGCUUCGGAACUGAUUCUCCAUACCCUUCUCACACUAUUCCGCCUAUCAGCAGUAAUUUUGAUGAGCGACCUCCGGAACCUCCUGUACAUCAAUCACAGACCAAUGGAAUCUACAACAAGCGUCCCAGUCUAUCGCACGGUGGGCGUGCCCUUCCCAUGCCGCCAGUCCAGCAGGACUUGCCAAUAAUCUCCCCGAGACGGACGGACACCUUGACACGACACCCGCAGUCACGCCCCCUCCCAGGUCCGCCAGUGGAUUCUGAGUCCGAUACGCAUACCAGUGAGGAUGUGUUAAAAGAGCUUGAAACGGCAGUGAUGGAUACUCAGGCCAGUUUUAGCGGGCGCCACAGUUCGCGGAAUUCAUAUAGCGGAUCGGCUACCAACGUGCGACUAUCACCGGAUGAGCAGCACACUCACACCAAUGGCAGCGUUGCAGCAGAAACGAAUGUGAAUUAUGAUAGUGACGCGGAGGCGGAAGCUGGGCUUGCGAUGAUGCAAAUGGCGGAGGAAGAAGAGAGGGCGUUAGCAGAACGCCAACGAGAACGCCUCGAGGGUCGUAAUCGGCGUGAAACAAAUGCAUCUGUCAUGAGCUCUCGUUCUCGAGGUUCUUACGCAUCGACCAGAGGACCCUCUCCAGGUCGUUCGCCCAAUCAUUCUCCUCAUUCUGACUUGCGAGAAGAGAGCGCAUUCAAUGGUUACGAUUUGGCAGCGUACGAGGGAGGCUAUCAGGGCAGUAUCGCUUAUGGCGACACAUAUGGUUCCGAGGAUCAUUUGGAUCCGACGACUGGUCAGUUUACUGGUCGCUCCAGUUCCUUUCGAAGCUCCAACAUGUCCACGGAAGAACCAGCAGAGUAUGAUGAUUACGAGCAUCCACCAAUCGCGUAUCAAUACGCUACACGAAUGCAUCAUCUUCCGGCUGAUGCACGAGUUGAUGCCGGCGGGACAGGUGGUCUUGCUACCCCUGGAGAGUAUGGCCGUCGGAUGAGCUGGGAUUAUGGCGAGGAAACAGAGACAUAUGAGCAGCACGAAGAUCAAGGUCAUUCUGGCGAGGAUAGUCCUCACCGGGCAGCGCCUGAGGAUCUGUUCUUCCACCCCGGAAUGCGCCCACUUCCUCCAGCCCCUGUGGAGCCCGCAUGGAGUAACGAUCUCUCGACCCAUCUAAUGCCUGCAGGCACGUAUCGACCACCAGAACAGGAUGAAGCUCCUUCUCUGUAUAGAAACCCCUCCUUACCGGCGUCUGCGGACUCGUAUGUGGAGCCGUUGCUCAGUCCAUCUCAAGUUCCGCGGUCGUCAUCCUUGUCGACGCCGAUUGGACCUCGUACUGAUGCGCCUAUCAGGUCGAAGACCGAUGCAGACCGCGAUAAAUUCAAGCAGCAGCAGGACUUCCUGUGGCAUCUGCACAAUAAAAACCUGCCAAAUGUUGAUCCUGCGGAAGCAGCUGCUACCAUGGCACUUGAUUUGCCCGAUAUCCCCACUGGGCGUCGCAAGAAGUUCAACCCUGCCAAGCUGUCUUCUGAACAGUUUAAGAAGUGUACUGAACCAUGGGCUCUUAGUUCGAUUCUGACCUGGAUUCGAGAUCUUAGCGAAGAUGAAACCGAUCUUCGUGAACAGGCUAUUGUUGAUGCAAUUGUGGCUCUGUUCACUCACAAGGUUCCGACAAUGAAUAUUGCGGAUGCCGAAACGCUGGCUGCUCGUGUGGUUAGCAAUAUGCUUCAGGAAGAAGCACUUGUUAAAGAGGAGGAAUGGGUCAAGUUCAGCAGUGGCUGCCUUUCCGGUGUACUAUUUCAGAUCACUGGAACAGGAUGCUAUUCGGCUAAACUCCACUUAAAUGAGAUGCACAUCCAAGAUACUGACUCUUUCGGGCGAUGCUAUUCUCAUCACUGUAUGAGAACAUUGAAAAAGGUCAACCUAAAGGCCCAGAUGAUGGCACCGCAGAAGAAGGUCGAGGACUGGGUGACUUUCUAUAAGGUUCCCAAAGAGACAUGGGAGGGAUACCCCAGGAAGGAAAUCGAUCGUCAAAAUAACUUGCAUGAGAUCGUAACGACUGAAGAUGCAUACAUUUCCCAGCUUGAUGUCCUUCGAGAGCUCUACCGCGACCAAUUGGCGAAGAUGAAUCCCGCUAUCAUUGCUCCCAAGCGCCUGCCCAAGUUCUUGUCCGAUGUGUUCGGUAAGGUCGAUGCGGUGAAGAAGGUCAACGAGGAUUUCUUGCUUGCGCAGCUGAAGUACCGCCAAAAAGAACAGGGUCCGUUUAUCGUUGGAUUCAGUGAUAUCUUCCGUGAAUGGAUCCGCAAAGCCAAGAACGUCUACAUUGAUUACGCUGCGACAUUUCCGACUGCAAAUUACCAUGUGCGUAAGGAAGCCGAGCGCAAUCCACACUUCAGGCAGUUCUUGAAUCAGGUUCGCGAGCACAAACUGUCCAAUCGACUGAGUUGGGAUACCUUCCUCAAGGCUCCUAUCACCCGAAUCCAGCGAUACACUUUGCUACUCGCUACUGUACACAAGAAUAUGGUCAAGGAUUCAGAGGAGAAGACCAAUGUCGCUCAAGCCAUUGAGGAGAUCAAGGUGGUGGCCUUGGAGUGCGAUAACAAGGUUGGUGAGAUGAACAAGAAGGCCGAUCUCAUGGAGUUGUCAGCCAAGCUUCAGUUGCGACCAGAAAUGAAGAAAGAGGUUGAACUCAACCUUGAACAUUUGGGUCGCGAAGUCAUCUUCCGUGGUGAUCUCCAGCGUCCUGGUACUCGAACUCGAUUCCUUGUUGAUACGCACGCUAUCCUCUUUGAUCACUAUCUUGUUCUCGCAAAGUCAUUCACGACUCGAGACCCAUCGCGGACAAUUAAAUAUGAAAGAUACGAUGUAUCAAAGUUGCCUAUACCGAUGGACCUGCUGGCAUUGGAGAGUACUGAUGAUGAUCCUGUGAUGAGAUCUGCGAUGCGGGGUGUUACAAAUGUUGCGCCGGGUCAAGCCAUCAAUGGUCCCGCUCAUGGUGGAGCCGGGGCUGGUGCGAAUGGCGCCGCCGGAACUCUUGAUUCCAAAGAUGAUAACAUUCUCUUCCCAUUCAAGAUCAAACAUCUCGGAAAAAUGGGCACCUACACGUUGUAUGCUUUCUCCGCGCAAAAUCGUCGUGAUUGGUGUGAGAGGAUCAUUGAGGCGAAGACCAAACAUGCUGCGGCUUUGUUCUCACAGAAUGCUGAGCCAUUCCGACUUCGUGUCCUUGCAGACACUGCCUUCGCUUAUGGAGAUCAAGGCUCUGGAUCGAAGACCGUUACUAUCAAGGGCACCCCUCUUCAUCGGGCAAUCAAGGGAGUUGAGAAGCAGUAUAAGGAUUCUGGGACACGUCCUCCUCCGAUCUGCAGAACGUCAGUCAACUGUGCUACGGUUUUCCAGCAACCUCCUGGGCGAAUGAUGUGUGCGAUUGGAACCGACUAUGGAGUGUAUAUGUCUGAUGUCAACAACCCUCGUGGUUGGUAUCGGGCAAUUCCCAUUAUGCGAGUUACUCAACUCGCCGUUUUUGAGGAAUUUAACCUGUUUCUUCUCAUCUCCGACCGCUCGCUAAUCGCUUACCAUCUUGACGUGGUUUGCCCUCCAAGUGGCGUUUCCUCUCAAUCACAAGAUUCUGCCCGCCGAGCUCCGCAGAAACUUUCUGGCAACCGUGAAGUGGGCUUCUUCGCUGCAGGCCGCAUGAAGGACCGAUACUUGGUUCUUUACAAAAAGCGUGACGGACUCUCAUCCACAUUCAAGGUUCUCGAGCCCAUUCUUCAGAAAUCAGCAUCAAGCAAACGCGCCCUCUUCCAAUCCCGCCGUUCGCAGACUGAGUUCUUCCGUGAAUACGAUGAGUUCUAUAUCCCUGCUGAAAGUUAUGGCAUCAACAUGUUCCACUCCUCCCUCGCCAUCUCAACUCAGCGUGGAAUUGAGGUGCUCACCCUUGACAAGAAGCAGUCCUGGUCCGUGCCUGAUUUCCGCUCUGAAACAACCCCCGACGCACAUGAUACUCUUCAUAGCAUUGCCCACCGCAUUAAAGACCUCCGACCUCUCGGUAUGUUCCGAUUGAGUGAAAGCGAGUUCCUCGUUGCGUACCAGGAAUGUGCAGUAUAUGUCAACAAGCAUGGUGACGUCUCACGCAGUGUGGUCAUGGAAUUCGUGGGCAGUGCUCACACCGCCUGUCUACAUGGGAAAUUCCUAAUCCUCUUCAACGUCGACUUUGUCGAGGUUCGCAAUGCAAUGAAUGGACGUUUGAGACAGGUCAUCCCAGGCCAUAAUGUUGUCUGUCUUGAUGAUGGCAGCAAAUUACCUGGCUCCUUUGGUCAGGCAAAUGCCAGUGGUAUCAGUGCACAGGCAGGAUUCAAUGGUGCGAAUGGUAUUACGUCGAACAGUCAUACGGUCAAGAUCUGCAUGCAGCACCCUGAUUAUGAACGUAGCCAGAUUGUGUUGGAACUGGUUGAGAACGAAGGACAAAAGGAUUGA